AUGACGCUUGAACUGCAGAUAAUCACAGCUACGGAUCCCGCCUUGACCGCUGACAACUGGCAGCAUAUUUUAGAUGUUUGUGACACGAUUCUGUCGGACCCAGAAACAAAUAUUCCAGCCGCCAUCAAGCUCGUCCGGGGCAGGCUCGGCCAAAAAGACGCCAACAUCGUUCUCCGAGCACUAACGCUUCUUGUGGCAAUGGGCGAAAACUGUGGGUCUCGUAUGCAACAAGAAAUCGCUUCGCUGCUGUUUUUGAAGGACUGUUUGUUGAGCAGAUUGGCCGAUAGGAAAGUGCACAAGGAACUCAAGUUCCGCAUCGCCGAGGUCAUUGAGCAGCUCGACAAGUCGUUCAAAAAGGAUCCAUCGUUGAAGGCCGUUUCUGAUGCCUACGCCACCGUUCAGUCAAAAUACCUGCAGUACUUGAAGUCGCCCCCGAGCAAGCCUGCAAAGACAGAAAUGACAACGCAAGACCGCAAAAACGAAGAUUUGGAGCUUGAAAGGGCGCUCAAGUUGUCUGUGCAAGAAUACGAACGCGAGCAAAGCAUCCGUAAACUGUACUUGGACUCAAAGCCACUUCCUUCCCCUCUUCAGGCCGGUGAAAAGGAUGGAAACCAGCACAAAAACACCGUCACAAUUGCUAGUGUCAAGAAGGUCGUGGCAUUGUACGACUUGAUCUCAUAUGAGCCAGACGAGCUCUCAUUUCGAAAAGGCGACGUGAUCACUGUGAUUGAGUCCGUAUAUCGAGACUGGUGGAGGGGGUCUUUGCCCACCGGAAAAGUUGGGAUUUUUCCACUCAAUUAUGUUUCACCUGUGGUGUCAAAAACACCUGAGGAGCUCGCAAGGGAACACAAGCUCGAGACUGCCCUAAUGGAGAUAGAAUCUAAGAAAGUUGACAGGCUUUUGGCCCUUCUUUCGAUGGAUCCAAACACGGUGCUGGAGGAAGAGGUCACGGAACUAUAUAAUAGCAUCGUGCCCUUGAAGCCAGUUUUGGCUCAGCUUAUUGAGAAACACAGCUCUCGGAGGGACGAGCUCCGUGCAUUGAACGACCAAAUGAACACAGAAACAAAGAUAUACAAUAGUCUGAUUGACAACAUGAUUUCCCAGAGACAAAACAUGCAGCUGAACUACUCGCUUCCAUAUCCCGCACAUGCACAGCUGCAAUACCCUCAGCAAUCGCAAGCUCAGCAUCAACACCAAGCCACGGGCCCUUCUCCAAGCCAACCUGGCAACCAAGCUCAGCAAUUGCCUGUCUAUGGGAAUUACUUGGAACAGCAGCCCACAAGUGCUGGUUUUGGCAACGGCGCCAAUUAUGGUGGAGAGAGACCGAAUGAGUAUACUGGUGCAGGCCAGCAAUAUCCACAGAGCUCAUAUCGGCCACAGACGUCGUUCCCGCAGAGUCAAAACUACAGAAGUGGGUGA